AUGGCGGAGCUGCGGCGGACGAAACGCGAUGCGUUGCCGAAUCAGAGUUAUGGAGCAAAUGUGAAUCAAAAGCUGUUUCGAGGCUAUGCAACAACAGCAGCAGUAAGGGAGGGACACUUGGAGAUAUUGGACGUGCUCAUCAAUGGGGGCGCGUCCCAGCAGGCAUCUGAGGAGGCCUUGUUGGAGGCAAGCUACUUGGGCAGGGCUAGGUCUGCCGAGAUGCUCAUGGGAUCCGACAUGAUCUGCCCUCAGGCUGUUGUGCAUGCUCUUGUUUCCGCUUCCUGCAUAGGCUUUGUUGAUGUAGUUGACACUGUCAACUCAUCAAGUGCCGGGUGCAAUAUCAACUCUUCGACAGAAUCUGGAGAAACUACACUAAUGAUCUGUGCUAGAUAUAAACACCAGGAAUGCCUUAAAAUCCUGGCUUCAGACGGUGCUGAUUUUGGCCUGGUGAAUGCUACUGGUCAUAGUGCAAGCUUAUUGCAGAGUGAGUAA